AUAUUUCUGGAGCUCCUUCCUUACGAGAAUGGUGUUUGGAUGGUUCUCAAUAAAUAGUUUUAUAUAUUGAGGUUCGGGGUGGAUGUAUUGAUGUUUUAUCUCCUCCUUAAUCAACCUAUAGACGAUCUGAUUGUUUCUCGGGGAAAAAGAUGUCCAGUUCAAGUCAGGAUGAUCCAAACAUUGAUCCAGAAGUCAGGUUUAUUAUGGAGGGAACUGCACGUUUGGUCGCCAAGCAUGGGGUGUGGAUGGAAAGCAGGUUCUUGGAGGAUAAUGUGAAUAAUAAACUAUACAACUUUCUGAGGAUCCCCAACCAUCCUUAUCUCGCUUUUUACCGAAACAAGAUUGUUGAAUACCGAAAUGCUCAUCAGAAACAAUGUAUCAAACCUCCUUGUUCUACUAAUUAUGUUGCACAGCCUCCAGUUGUAGAAAUCAAGUGUCCUGAAGGGAUGAACCCCAAUGAUUUUGGCGUUAUCAAACUCACAGCUCAGUUUGUGGUGCGGUAUGGGAGGCAUUUCUGGCCCGAUUUGGUGAAUAGUGUGACUAUGAACCCGAAACCCCAAUUUGGCUUUAUCAAUGCAAGUGAUUGCAGAUUUAAUGUUUUACUUGAGCUUGUUGAUGCUUAUGCUAAACUUUUAAUGCCUUACUGGAAGCGGCCAGCGAGUAAACGUAACCAACAUGCUUGCACAGAAACAUUUCUCCAAGGGUUUUUCAAUAUUCUUCAAGGGAAAAAGCAUGAUGAGGAGGAGGGAGUAGAGAUAGAGAGGGAUGUUGUUGAUGUGCAUGAUUUUGCGGGAUGUCUUGACUAUUUUGCUUGUAGUGAUGAUGGAAAGUGGAAAUCGCCUGGACGCAUUUCAGCACAAAUGCUGUCUGAUGGUAUGCUUGAUGCUCCACCAACUGAUGAUGGUGCACAAGGUCAACCCAAUCCUCUAUUUACGUAUCCUCCAAUACCUCGCGAUUAUCCAUUUACAUAUCCUAAAGGGAUCACACGUAGGCAGCUUGGUAUUAUCAAGGUCACAGCGCAGUUUUAUGUGAGGUAUGGGUAUACAUUCUUGAUGGCUUUGAUAAGGAGAGUGGCUAUAAUCGAGAACUCUCAGUUUGAGUUUAUCAUGUCAGAAGAUAAGUACAGUUUUUUCUAUCGGCUUGUGACUGUUUAUUCCAAUGUACUAAUGCCUUCAUGUACUUGUCCGGAGAGAGCUGUCCUCAAGGGUUUCUUCAAUCUUCUUCAAGGGGAAAAUCAGGAGGUAGAGGUGGGAGUGGAGAUGUCCGAGAGUGAUUUGCAUUCUUACGUGGGUGCGCUUGACUAUUUUGCUAACAGGGAGGAUCAAGAGUUGACAUCACAUGGAUGUUUUUCAUCGGCACCAACACAAAUGCGACCUUGUUUGCCUGUGCCGCUUCCAAAGGGAACUCAGUGGCUUUUCCUUCUCCGCCACUGCCACUACGUGAGGAACCAGAGCCACAAAGACAAGCUUAAUAAGUCAGCGCUUGUUCCAAAAGACCAGUUUCUCGUUCAACAUUCGGGUUCUGUUACAAUCAGGGUUUCUUUUCCAAACGUGAACAGUGAGCAAGUCAUUGAGAUCACUCUGCAGUCGUUAUCAGAAAACGUGGCAAGUUUGAAGGAGAAAAUAGCUAGGAAGAUCCAAAUUCCAGCAAACAAGCAUAAGUUAUGGGGAAAAGCCGGAUUUCUAAAGAAGGACAACAUGUCAUUGGCACAUUACUGUGUGGGAGCAGGAGAAACUCUAAUUAUGUCUUUGUGAGGAGAGAAAACACUUUCCAUCUCUUAUUUGGUUGAUGUGGCCAUGUACCGGUUUUAACUUCUUCUUUUUUUAACAGACCUGCUUUUAACUUUGUUUUGGAUUGGCAGCUAAUUUUGGUUUUUGAAGUUUGUUUUGGAUUGGCAGCUGUUUAUGAUAGCCUUAAAAACAUUUAUAUGUGAUGCUUUUCAUGUCAUGGUUGUUUUGGAUUGGCAGAUUGUCUUAAACAUAUUCUCAGUAUGGUUAUGUUAUUUUUUUUAUGCAUGCAUGUGGAUUGUAAAAUAUAAAUUUUCGAUUGGAGAUGGAACGUAGCAGGUGGCUUUUCCUUGGGAGAAUCUGUUGUUGAUGAGCAAACUGAAUCUCUACUCAUCCGCUCCGACCUGUUUCCUUGGUGCAGCUUUUGCUUUUACGGAUAUGGGUAGGUUGAGCCUGGUAUUUGUUUUCUGAGUUGUUGGCCUCAAUUUGCCUUUGGAAAAGGAAACCUUUUAAGGAAAAAUAGCAGAAACUCAAGGGAAAAGUGAUGGAAAAGGGCUUUUUUUUUCUUUUGAAUGAUUGUCCUUUUCCAUCACCUUUUACGUUGAGUCUAUGCUAUUCUAGAAUUAUUUUUUCUUUUUUUUUGAAUGAUUGUGAAAUUAUAUUCAAAAAGACCUUAGUUACAUCAAGUGAUUUUUUUUUGAAGAGUUUUUGUAUAAAGAAUAAGCUA